UGUGUGCGUUUUACGGUGGGUGUGUUCGCCCGGUUCGGUCGCGGUGGUGUUUUUUAGAUGCUUUUGUGAUGUCGACGUUAGGGGCACUGAGUUACUACGCUGAUACGCACAUUACGCACGACGCCGAUGAUCAUUUGGCGUCGCGGUAUUCCUCGGGAGCCGCUCUGCACCAGGCGACGAGACAGCUCGCCCUUACCGAGUAUGGCGACCAUACGGAGCCGUGCCCGUUUCAGGCCAAAUCCGCCGUUUUCGGGGCACCGUGGAGUUCCGUUGCUGAUUCAGCGCUCCGUGCCACCUCCUCGAGCGCGUAUCAUCCGUAUCAUGCGCACCAGCCGUGCCCUCCCGGGGAUGGCGACGGGAUGGCUCUGCGCGCGUGGACUCUGGAACCGGUAUCCGCGUCGCUGUCAUACUCGGGAUUAGCCACGAACGUCCAUCACGACAUCAAACCGGAGCCGUUAUCCGGUGGCAACGGCUGCACCACUCUGGAGCCACCGACGACGCUGGGUGCUGACAUCGAAGAAGACGGUUGUCUAGCGGAGAAGGAGACAGGGCAGCGCGACACCGGAUCGGGUUUUCCGCUCUGCAACGCGGAGAAAAGUGCCGUCGCUACCGACGAGAAACCAGACGUCGAGCCAAAUAAUCCCGCGUCCAACUGGCUCCACGCGAGCUCUACCCGGAAGAAGCGGUGUCCGUAUUCCAAACACCAGACGCUCGAGCUGGAGAAGGAGUUCCUCUUUAACAUGUACCUCUCACGCGACCGCCGAUACGAGGUGGCGCGCGUGCUCAACCUCACCGAGAGGCAGGUGAAAAUCUGGUUCCAAAACCGCCGAAUGAAGAUGAAGAAGUGUAACAAAGAACGACCCAAACACCACUGAGCUCGCGGAGGGCAGUUGGACAGACAGACAGAGAGAGACAGAGAGAGAGAGAGAGAGAGCGAGAGCCGUUUGGGACUGUGGACAGCUUUAGCUCAUGUCGAGUUCUCCCGCACCGUGGAAUGUCACUACACUAAGGCCCCGUAGGCCGGGCUAACGUUUCCCGGGCCACGGGGGUCUUGGGUUGAUGUGUGCUUGGUGUUUCUGCGCACAGGCUUUCUGUGGAUUUCCGUUACGUGAUAUCUGGUAGCUGCUGUUGUUGUUUUUAAUGUUCGUUUGUUCCGUUUUCGAACCAGCCACUGACUUGGUUGAGGAUUCCCGUUCUUGUGUUCAGGGAGUGUAGUUUGUGAUGCAACAUGGUCUCUAUUUAAUGCCCUUUACUGCAUGUUCGUUUGCCCCUACUGUCUCUUGUGUAGUUUUGUGAUUUUGGUGUUAUGUGUUGACUACCUAUGUUUUUUAACUACCUACUUGCAUCAAGAGUCUUGAAGAAAUGUCGGAGACUUUGUGAGUUUGAAUUUACAUGUUUUUGUAUUGAUGCAGAACUUAAAUUCUGUGAGAUUUUUUAAAGCGUAUAGCACUGGACACAUAGAAAGUACCUCAUUGAAUUAAUGUUAUUUUGACUCAAGGCAAAGGUCAGUUAUUGAAAAA